AUGACGCAGACUAAAGUCCUUUUGACUGGGGCCACUGGAUUCAUUGGAGGAACUGUACUGUAUCAGUUACUCCAAUUGGCCGAGGCUCAACCCGCAAAGCUAUCCAUCACGACUGUUGUACGUCGUUCAGAGCAAGCAGAUCUCUUGGCCAGUAAAGGGGUUCAAACGACCCUUGUGUCUGGUCUUGAUGAUGCAGACGGACUAGCACGAGCGGCGAGCAGUCAUGACAUCGUUGUUAAUGUUGCGACCGGCUUCCACGUUGCCGCCACCAAGGCACUCAUACAGGGUCUCAGCAAGAGACGUGAGCAGACUGGUCGCGAUGUUCACUUCCUUCAUCUCUCGGGAACAACCUGCGUAUCCGUCUCAUCUAUCACGCCAUCUUCAUUCGAGUUACGAACAUUUUCCGAUCAAGAUGAUGAUAUAUUCAAUUAUGAGCAGACGCGCGACUCUCAAGAAGCCUACGCGCAGAGAACGGCCGAAGUUACAGCCAUACAGACGAGUGAGAGCCUGGGGGUCAAGGCGUACGUCGUAAUGCCCCCACUCGUCUAUGGCCGGGGUAGCGGGUGGUUCAAGAAGCAAUCACACCAAAUCCCCACACUGAUCAGGAAUGCAAUUGCAUCUGGCUUCGCAGAACAUGUCGACACCGGCGAAGCGCAGCUGGGCCAUGUCCAUGUAGAGGACCUGGCUCGUCUCUAUGUCACUUUAGUGGCGAGGAUUCUGUCCGGCGAGGAAAUCCCCUAUGGCCAAAAUGGUUACUACUUCGCCAAUACUGGGUCUCAUAAGUGGCUUGAUGUGACAACCCGGAUAGGCAAGGCAGGGCAUGACAUGGGCGUCUUGAAAUCAGCUAGCCCCAGAUCGAUAAGCCUUGAGGAUGCUGCAGAGAAACUCGCCGAUGGAGACUUGGGUUACGCGGAAGCGUGCUUUGCUUCCAACUCUAGUACUAGACCCGAUAAGGCUUUCGCGGUUGGAUGGGAGCCCCUGAAGACCGAGCACGACUGGGAGCACUCCAUCAAAUCGACCUUCGAGGAUAUACUGCAGGAACAAUAA